GUUUUUUUUAAAUUAUAUAUUAAUUUUAGACUAUUUAUUAUAGAUUACUUGGAGAAUAUUUAUUAUUGAUUUAUUGAAGAAUAUUUAAUGAUCGUUUGAAUACCACAUGAUAUGUAAUUGUCUUUAAAAUUUGCUUGUCCAUUUUUUACAGAUGGUUAAAAAUGUACGUUUAAUUUUUUGCAUAGAAAAACGUGCCGACCGAUCCGAGUCGAUUCAAUGCUUAAUGUUUACAUAUUGCAAAUUUCAACGGCUAGGUUUAGUUUAUUUAGUUAACUGGAGUUUCGGUGUGUUUCAUAAAUUUUUUGUCGCCUUUUUUAUUCUUUAAAAUUGGUGAAUAUAUAAACAAAUUUGAUUGUUUUUGCUAUGUGUGUGGCAAAUUUACCACUGAGAAAAGCCGGCGCACUAUUACUACCACAGUUGAAACGAUAUUUGGUGAUUAUUUCAAUCUACCUAUACAUCAUAAUGUAAAAUGGGCACCAACAAUUGUUUGUUCAUCGUAUACCGCUCGAUUCACAGAGUGGAAAAACUGUAAGAGAGUCUCUAUGCGGUUUGGUGUACCAAUGAUUUGGACCAAUCCGGUUAUACAUUUUGCUCCAGAUUGUUAUGCGUGCGUCAACAAAUUAAAAAACACCACAUGGGCUCAACUCCCACUGCCACAUUCAGAUACAAUUCCAAUACCUAUUCCAACAAACAAUCCUGGCUCUUUAGCAGAAUCAGUUGUUACAAGUGAACCCAUUGAAGCAGCUCCCGAAUCGAUGCUUUCGCCCUAUGAACUAUCCAAUGUAACAGAUCCCUGCCAUCACGUUCAGUACACGCAGAAUACUUUUGAUAGUUUGACAAGGCGAUUAAAUUUGUCUCAAAGAAAAUCGAUCAUUCUUGCUCAGGAUCUUAAAGAAAAAAAUCUGCUAGCAACUGGGUAUAUGCAGCUCGAGGUCGCCAACGUGAUUUCACAAGAUUUUUUACAACCAUUGAAAACAACUCAUUUGCCUAUUGCCAUGAUAUACAAGGGUUGAUGUUGACUAUGCAUAAUGAAUAUAAUGCUGAAAAAUAGCGUUUGUUUAUUGAUGCUUCGAAAAAAAGUCUAAAAGCAGUUCUUCUUCAUGAAACCAAUUCUAAGAACCCGGUUCCAAUCGCACUCAGCAGCAUAACAAAGGAAACAUAUAUAUUUGUCAAUGAAAAAAAUCAUUGAAAUGGUAAAAUAUAGGGAACAUGGAUGGAAAAUUUGUGCCGACUUAAAAGUUGUUACUUUAUUAAGAGGGAUGCAGACCGGGUACACGAAGAAGUCUAAAAGCAGUUCUUCUUC